UCCUCCCAACAACCACCUCUCUGCCUUCGCCGCCUCCUCUUCUCCCAAAUCACCGACCCAAACGCCGAGCGCAGCCGCGUCGAUGGCCCCCAAGGCGGAGAAGAAGCCGGCGGCGAAGAAGCCCGCGGAGGAGGAGCCCGCGACGGAGAAGGCGGAGAAGGCCCCGGCGGGGAAGAAGCCCAAGGCGGAGAAGCGUCUCCCCGCGGGCAAGUCCGCCGGCAAGGAGGGCGGCGAGGGCAAGAAGGGGAAGAAGAAGGCGAAGAAGUCGGUGGAGACCUACAAGAUCUACAUCUUCAAGGUGCUGAAGCAGGUGCACCCCGACAUCGGCAUCUCCUCCAAGGCCAUGUCCAUCAUGAACUCCUUCAUCAACGACAUCUUCGAGAAGCUCGCCGGUGAGGCCGCCAAGCUCGCGCGCUACAACAAGAAGCCCACCAUCACCUCCAGGGAGAUCCAGACCUCCGUCCGCCUCGUCCUCCCCGGCGAGCUAGCGAAGCACGCCGUCUCCGAGGGCACCAAGGCCGUCACCAAGUUCACCUCGUCGUAGACGAUAGGUUUCCCCCUUAGCUCGUGUGGCCUGUUUUUCCUGGUAGUGAUGCCUACUUCCAGGAAUUUGGGUGGAAUGGAUGGUGUAGUUAGAUGUUGGGGUUCCUGAUCGUGUUCUUUCUGUAUGAAGUGGAAUUAAGUUUGUUAUCUGAUGGAAUAGUAGUGGUGCUUGUUUAACUAUGUGUUCAAUUUAGUAUCUGCUCUUGAUUCUGGGUC